AACACCUCCUUCCCUUGUUCAAACAAUUCUCCAACAUUCAAAGCUACACAUAAUUUUAGCCAAAGGCUUAGAUACCUUCCUUUUUUUCUGAUCAGGAUUCAAAGUUGAAACCCUAGAUCAGUUUUAGUUUCCUACUUUUAAUUCAGAUAUAUUUAUAUAUAGAGAAAUGGGAAAUAGCUUAAGGUGCUGUUUGGCUUGUGUUCUUCCAUGUGGGGCACUAGACUUGAUUCGAAUAGUGCAUUUGAAUGGUUAUGUGGAAGAGAUUACACGUUCAAUCACGGCUGGAGAGGUUCUCAAAGCAAACCCUAACCAUGUUCUUAGCAAACCUAGCUCUCAAGGAGUUGUUCGCCGGAUUUUGAUCCUCUCGCCGGAGACCGAGCUCAAAAGGGGCAGCAUCUACUUCUUGAUCCCGGAAUCUUCGCUGCCGGAGAAUAAACGACAAGCCGGAAAAGGAAGCAUUGGCGGUGACGGUGGUAUAAAAAAGAAAGCAUCAACGAUGAAGAACAACAAGGGUGAUGGUGAUGAUUUUCCAUCGCGAUCACGCAAGCCUUCUCACAAAGAGAAAAAAUCGUUAUGCCGUGAUCGCCGAAAAGGUCGCAUUGGAAUAUGGAAACCUCAUUUGGAGAGUAUAUCGGAAGACUAGUCCGUUUUGUGUUAUCCGCCGGUGGCCGGAACCCGACAUCGCCGGAAAAAAAAAGAGAAAAAAAAAAUGUUCAGUUAUUAAAAUAUAUAGGAACAGAAACUUUUUCUCCUUGUUUUAUAAAUGUAUGUGGGAAUUUGAUCUUGUGGAUAAAAAAUUUACCUUGCUUUGAAA